UUAGGUAGUGAACAACACAUUCACAUAAAUUAUCAUCUGACCCGAAGUUUAUUACGAAAUCAGAGGUCACUAGAGAUAAACCCUGUCAAAGUUUCUCUGAAGGAUGAUUACAGGCAGUUCAGCUUCUGAGGAGGAUCCAGUGCGUGCGAGGAGUCUGAUCCGUGCAAACCUUGAGAAGCCUAGUGUGUUGCUUCGGAGUAGGAUGCCGAACAUCAAAGUUUUUAGUGGUACAUCGCAUCCAGACCUUGCGCAGCGGAUUGUCGACCGUCUUGGAAUAGAUCUGGGAAAAGUCGUUACUAAGAAAUUUAGUAACCUUGAGACAUGCGUAGAGAUUGGAGAAUCAGUCCGUGGGGAAGAUGUAUAUAUUGUUCAAAGUGGAAGUGGCGAAGUAAACGAUAACUUAAUGGAAUUGCUGAUUAUGAUAAACGCUUGUAAAAUAGCGUCUGCUUCUCGAGUGACUGCUGUCAUUCCAUGUUUCCCAUACGCAAGACAGGAUAAGAAAGACAAGGCUGGAGGAGAUGGGGAAAGUAACGGAAAUGAUGUUACUCCUUCUUUCAGAUUGAAACCCAACAACGAAUGGAAGUUUCGGAGCCGAGCACCGAUAUCAGCCAAGUUGGUGGCAAAUAUGUUAUCUGUGGCUGGUGCUGAUCACAUUAUUACAAUGGAUCUCCAUGCAUCUCAAAUACAGGGAUUCUUUGAUAUCCCUGUAGAUAAUCUGUAUGCAGAACCAGCGGUUUUGAAAUGGAUUAAAGAAAACAUAGUAGAAUGGCGUAACAGUAUUAUAGUAUCACCAGAUGCUGGUGGUGCCAAAAGGGUUACAUCCAUAGCUGAUAGGCUGAAUGUUGAAUUCGCACUUAUCCAUAAAGAACGCAAAAAAGCAAAUGAAGUUGCAGCAAUGGUGCUGGUUGGAGAUGUGAAAGACAGAGUUGCCAUAUUGGUAGAUGACAUGGCUGACACUUGUGGUACAAUUUGUCAUGCUGCUGAAAAGCUUCUGGAAGCUGGUGCAACCAAGGUUUAUGCUAUCUUAACUCAUGGUAUAUUUUCGGGGCCUGCAAUAUCAAGAAUAAACAAUGCAUGUUUCGAAGCAGUAGUUGUAACCAACACUAUCCCACAAGAGCAACACAUGAAGGACUGUCCUAGGAUACAGUGCAUUGAUGUGUCAAUGAUGUUUGCUGAAGCAGUCCGUAGGACACACAAUGGAGAAUCAGUAUCAUAUCUAUUUUCAAAUGUACCAUACUGAAGAAAUAUAGAUACUGUUGACAUGGAAUGUUGAACGAGGUUAUAAAAGAAUCUCAUUUCUUUACAUAUUGAAAUUCUGUAUAGAUACUUAAUUUCGUAAUCAAAAAUAGAUUAUUACUGAGGCAUCAAUAAAGAGAAUAUUGUUCAUACUUGUAAUAAGCUGGCUUUCAGUUUUAUUUGAGACCUAUCUUUUUACAAAGAACAUUUGAGAAACUUUGUAAUUGAUUGCUUAUCAGCAAACUUAUUUUGUGUAUGUUAUGACUUAACAGUUAUUCUGUUUAAAAUGAACUGUGUAAAAGAUGUGUUUUUAUAUGCAUUGUUGUACACUUUGUAUCAUUUUACUUAUACUUCGUCUGCUGAAUAAAUAUCAGUUCUUAUAUA